GUCGACAGCGGCGACGACGACGACGACGACGUCGACUACGACGUCGACAGCGGCGACGACGACGUCGACAGCGGCGGCGGCGACGACCCCGACGGCGUCAGCCGAAACGGCGACGACGACAGAGGUGACGGCCGACACGGCGACGACGAUGACAACGGCGAUGCCAACAGGAAUCGUAACAUUAAGUACUUUAGAUCUUGAAAAGAUCAUUCAUGCGGCAUUCGCUCGAGGAAGAGGGAGAGGCAGAGGAAGAGGGAGAGGACGAGGAAGAGGACGAGGACGAGGACGAGGAAGAGGUAGAGGUGGUCGCGGGACGAUAAUAAGAGGAGGGGGGAGGGGCAUUCAAGUGCACAACCAUAAUUAUUACUACAAUUAAAGCAUUAUAUGAGUAAAAGAAUAAAUAUAUGUAAAAAAUAUAUAACAGCUCAAAAAUUAAAUUAUCGCCCUCCUAUCAAUAAAAAUAAUGUACACACACACACACACAUACAUACACACGCACAUACAUACGCGUCCUCGCACACACAUCCAACAAGCCUGCCGAAAAGCCGGCUAGCGUGCCAAAGCGCUUCUCCGUCCCCUCGAUAGAGCGAGAGAGAUAGAGAAAAUAGACUGUAAAGCUUCGAUUUCAGGCACAGCUGAUAUCGUCUAUAAUAUCCUUUAGUUGAAUUUUCACCUGUCAUCGUACGGUAGGACUGAUAAAAUACGUCACUUGGACGACAAAAAGUUCAUAAAUAUUUUUUUUCAAAUUAGAAUGUGCAAUU